UCGUGUGGCGCCGAUGAUGGAGCGUUGCCUGUCGCUAGGUUCAGUCGUUGCCUCGGUCCCGGCUGGCUUCUGGACCGCGGUCGAUGUGUGGACACUGAAGCCGCAGGUUGCGAACCGCCGGCUGAGCGGUUGUCGGCUGGAAGCCGAACGGGAGGUUUCCUGCUCUAGCGGCGGCGCGGUUGUGGGGCUGGGGCCGGUGGUGGCUGAGCUGCUGCCGGGGUUGAGCGCUGGGGUGGCCCCGGAGCUGGACGAGCUUGUACCCCGCGGCGUCGGGCGGAUCAAGGUGCUGUUGCGGACUGUCAUUCCCAAAGGCGGGGUGGCAACUGGCAGUGAGAUAGUUCUCCAAGAUUUCCUAAACAACACAGCAACAUUUAUACCAGUAGAUGGGCAGAUUGCAAAAAGUUGUACCUUCAGGAAGAGCAAUAUAUACAGAUUUAAACUUCAGCAAGUUAAAGGAGAUGAAUCAUCAUGGUCUGUUUCCGUUUCCAUAUUGUACCCUGAAGAAUGGGAUGCAGAUGGGAUUUUGUAUCCUAAAACAACAUGGCUUACAGAUGUUUUGCUUACAAAGAUUGUGAGAUGGUCUACAGAGAGCAAGAAGAGUUAUUUUAAGAACACACUUUCUCUCAUUUCUGUGGAAAAAUAUAGUGAAUAUUACCAUAAUUUGAAAGCAAAAUACAAAGAAAUAGUCAAGAUCUGGCCUGAAGUUACAAAUCCUGAAAAAUAUGUCUAUGAAGAUGUUGCCAUUGCAGCAUACUUAUUGAUUCUUUGGGAAGAUGAGCGUGCUAAGAAAGGCCGGACUGACAAACAGUCCUUUAUAGAUUUGGGAUGUGGAAAUGGAUUACUGGUCCAUAUUUUGACUAAUGAAGGGCACCCUGGUAGAGGUAUAGAUGUGAGAAAGCGGAAGAUAUGGGACAAGUAUGGUCCACAGACACACCUUGAGGAACAUACCUUUACUCCAAGUGAAGAUUUCCUUUUUCCUGAUGUGGAUUGGCUAAUUGGCAACCAUUCAGAUGAGCUUACACCAUGGAUUCCUGUUAUUGCAGCAAGGUCCUCCUAUUCAUGCUGCUACUUUGUUCUGCCGUGUUGCUUCUAUGAUUUCUAUGGAAAAUACUGUCGAAGGGAAACCACAAACACGCAGUAUAGAGCGUAUUUGAAUUUCAUUACAGAAGUGGGUUCUGUUUGUGGUUUUAAAGUUGAGGAGGACUGUCUUCGGAUUCCAUCUACAAAACGGGUUUGCUUGAUUGGUAAUCAAAGAAUGUAUCCUGAAUUUAAUGAAGAAAGAUUGGAUAAAGAACGAACACUGUAUAUUAGAGAAAGAUAUCCUUUGAAAACAGAAGAUAAUCAUUUUAGUGAGGCAAUUCCUUUAUUUACUCAUGAUGUGUCACAUUGUUCCAAUGUCGAGCAUUCUGUGGUACUAGAUACCAAGGCUGAAGAUGAUUCAUUUGCAUCCAGCAAGUGGCUGGCUGGUUUCCAACCUAGGGAGAAAGUGCAAAAAAUUAGGAAUUGUGCUUCUUUGCCUAGGGAUUUCACCGAUCGUGUUGUGCUUCAAGUCGCUAAAGCACUUUUGAAGACAAAUCAGGACCCCUGUACAAGUGGUGAUGUUGAAGACAGCGCAGCAUAUUGGAACAAGGGAGGAAGCCUGCCGCUGAAGGAUGUAGCAGAUCUUCUAGGCAGCAGCGUAUUACAGAGACUAAAAAAUGAGUGUGGUGGUUUGAAGACUCUCUUAAGAAACAAUUGUCAGGUAUUUGAAGUUAUCCAUGGUCAGGUUCAGAUUCGAGAUUGGACAAAGGCGAAACAAACUAGAAAGCAGAUAUCAGGUGCAAGGAAAAUGAUAUUAGAUACAUUUAAGACUCGUCUCUGCUGGUUCUUUGUAAACCACCCUGAUGGAUGUCCUCGAAGCACUGAAAAUUGCCCGUUUGCACAUGGAGCAGAGGAACUGCGACCUCAAGCUGCAGCAAGGAAGUGAAUCAUUGACCGUGUUUUGUUCCCUUUGGAUACUAGGAUGGAAUAAAGCAGUUAAAGAAU